AUGCGGGGUGCUAUCAGUUUGGUGUCAUUGUUAUUGGCAGCGGCUGAAUCACAACGUAAAGCAUUCGUUGAUCCACAAAGUGAUUGUCGUAUUCAGUGCUUGAAUGGUGGUUUUUGUGCUUAUUACGUUGAUAAUCCGGAUGUACAUACAUGCUUGUGUCUUUUGGAUAUGUUCACUGGUGAACGAUGUCAAUAUCAAGUCACACAGACGUCGUCCAUAUUACCGCUAACGACCUUAGCACCAACUACAACACCGCAACCACCUCCAUACUAUCUCAGUGGUCACGAUGAAUACUACAAUCCAAAUAAUUUAGGUAAAAUGGACGAGGAAGGUGAUGACGAUUACACGGAUGGAUGGGACUCGAUAGAAGAUUACGAUACUGAGGAAGAUCAUUUCAAAUCAGAAGAUGAAGAGAAGAAAGUGGAGAGGAACACAGAAGAACGAGAAUAUUCGAACGACAACCAAAUGACGAUGAGUCGUACGCAAACAAAUUCUCGCAUGACUGAACAAUCGAACGAAUUUAACAUUGAACGAGGGCACUCACUGGAUGAUGAUAAUUGGAAUGAUAUCAUGAAAGAUAGCAAUAAUCAUGAAUUCUAUGAUGACAUCACCACAUCAAAACAUUCAGUCUCCUCGAAUAUCCAACCAAAUCCUCAUUAUUUGAGUGGCAUGAACACUGAUGAUAACACCAACAGCAACGAUGAACACGAUCAUAAAUAUGAACCAUCGAGAUCAUCGAUCCAUUCUAAUGAGGAUCACCAUCAGAUGGAUUCAUCGACCGAACGCGGUCUAAUUCCUGAAUCUGAAGCUGAAGAUGAAGGUUGGAUGAUGAGUAAACGACGACGACUCGCUAGUAGUGCUGGCUGUUUACUCGAUAUGAAGCAGUCUUCGAAUCACCUUUCUUUAUUAUUCGUUCUUUUAAGUGCUUUUUCAAUUAUAAGGUGGAUUGCUUGA